CAAUAAAAUAUUAACAACACGGGGAAGAGUUUGUCAUUAAAAACACUAAAAGCCUUAUCAGAAUAAUAAUAAUUUAGUUUUUUUUUUUAAAGAAAAACGCGCAUUAACUUUUUAACAGAAAAAUAAAAGGAAAUUACAAUUUAGCAUAUUUUUGGUAGGAAAAGGAAUGGUAACAACUAUAUAAGUACGUGCUAUCGUUGAAUGGUUUCAGAAGUCGAUGAGGAUGGAUAUGAUGAUGAAGAAGGCGACGUAUUCUAAGAGGUAUUUCGAGAUUCUGGAGAAACGGAGGAACCUGCCGGUGUGGUUGCAGAAACAAGAGUUUCUCCAAACUUUCAAGAAAAACCAGACGGUGAUAUUGGUCGGUGAGACCGGGAGUGGGAAAACCACGCAGAUCCCACAGUUUGUUUUAGAAGCAGUGCUCGACGAAAACCCUAACCCUAAUCCAAGUGGGAGGAAGUGGUUGGUUGGGUGCACACAGCCUCGUAGAGUUGCAGCGACGUCUGUGUCCCGUCGUGUUGCUGAAGAGAUGGAUGUUCAGAUCGGUGAAGAAGUCGGUUACACCGUCCGUUUCGAAGAUUGCACCAGCUCCCGAACGGUGCUCAAGUACCUGACCGAUGGUAUGCUUCUAAGAGAAGCAAUGGCGGAUCCACUCUUAUCGAGAUACAAGGCGAUUGUUCUCGACGAGGCACACGAAAGAACUUUAGCCACAGAUUUGCUUGUUGGUCUUCUUAAACAAGUCUUGAUGAAUCGACCUGAUAUCAAGCUGGUCGUGAUGAGUGCAACCCUAGAAACCAACAAGUUUCGCGAGUACUUUCUCGGUGCUCCUCUGAUCAAAGUUCCCGGUCGGCUUCAUCCAGUGGAGAUCUUGUACACUUUAGAACCUGAGAUGGAUUAUCUUGAGGCUGCUAUAAACACUGUGAUCCAGAUUCACAUGUGUGAGCCACCAGGUGAUGUUCUUCUUUUCUUAACGGGAGAAGAAGAGAUUGAAGAGGCUAGCAGCAGAAUUGCCGGUAAACUUGGAGAUCAAGUCAGAGUUGUGCCAUUGUAUUCCACUCUUCCGCCUGCCUUGCAACAGAAGAUAUUCGAUCCUACACCAGAUCACGUGAGGAAGAUUGUUGUCUCCACCAACAUUGCGGAGACUUCGUUGACCAUUGACGGGAUUGUUUACGUGGUCGAUCCUGGUUUCUCCAAGCAGAAAAUCUACAACCCAAGCACUCGUGCCGAGUCCUUGUUAGUGUCUCCAAUAUCACAGCCAAGUGCUGACCAGAGAGCAGGUCGUGCUGGUAGAACAAGGCCUGGAAAAUGUUUCAGGCUUUACACACAGAGAAGUUUCAAUGACUUGGAGGAGAAGACGGUCCCUGAGAUGUUGAGAUCAAACCUUGCAAAUACAGUUCUGACCUUGACAAAACUUGGUGUUAACUUGGUUAGAUUCGAUUUUAUGGAUCCUCCUGCUCCUCAGACCCUCUCUCGUGCCUUGGAGGAUUUGUAUCAUUUAGGAGCAUUGGAUGAUGAAUGUAACUUGACAAAGACAGGCGAGAUGAUGAGUGAGUUUCCCUUAGACCCACAGAUGGCGAAGAUGCUCAUAGUCAGUCCUCAAUUCAACUGCUCAAACGAGAUACUUUCGGUUUCAGCGAUGCUAUCAGUACCCAAUUGUUUCAUCAGGCCAAGAGGAGAAGCUCAGAAAGCAGCAGAUGAAGCUAAAUCUAGGUUUGCACACAUUGACGGAGAUCACCUCACGCUCUUGAAUGUGUUCCACGCUUUCUUGCUAAACAAUCAAGACCCGAAUUGGUGCUACGCAAACUUCAUCAACUACAGAGCAAUGAAGUCUGCAGUUAGUGUUAGAGAGCAGCUGGUCCGGAUCAUGUCGAGGUUUAAGAUGAAGCUGUGCAGCACGGGUUUCAACAGCCCUGACUACUACGUCAACAUAAGAAAGGCCUUGCUUGCCGGUUAUUUCAUGCAAGUGGCUCACCUAGAUCGCACUGGCCACUACUUGACCGUCAAAGAUAACAACCAAGUGGUUCACCUGCAUCCUUCAAACUGCUUGGAUCACAAACCAGAGUGGGUCGUUUACAACGAAUAUGUUUUCACAAGCCGGAAUUUCAUCCGAACUGUUACACAUAUUCGCGGUGAAUGGCUUGUAGAUGUUGCUCCAAGUUACUAUAAUCUUGCAAGCUUCCCCAACUCUGAGACCAAACGAGUCCUGCAAAAGUAUUAUAAGAAGAGAGUGUGUGAGAAGAAAGGAGCUGUAUAA